AUGGGCAACUUUGCUCUGUUUACUGUUCUGUUUUUUCUUUCCCCAUUUAUUGGCCUCGUUUUCGCUUACGAUUCGCCUGCCGCCUCCCCAAAACCCCCUAAAACGGCUCAUUCUCCAUCUCCGGCGCAUUCUCCGGUUGUUUCGCCGCCGAGUCGCUCUUUAUCUCCGUCUAAAUCCCCGACUGCUUCUCCACCGAUGUUAACUCCGGAAAUAUCUCCGACAUUGGCUACCCCACCAUCUGUAGCGCCCUCGAAGGCCCCGGCAGCGGUACCUAUUUCUUCGCCGAGUGAAAAUUCUCCGGUUUCGUCCCCGCCGUCUCCUCUCCCUUUCGAUGCUUCUCCGGUUGGGGCUCCAGUGGAACCAGAAAUUCCCGCAAAUCCGAUUUCUGGAGGGUCUCCGGUCGGGACGCCGUCAAUAUUUCCGUCGAGUAGCAGCCCACCGAUGGCUACUCCGACAAACUUAGCUCCGGAAACGGCGGAGCGGCCUGGAAACGACGCGUCGGCGUCAGGAAGGUACAAGAUCGGGGUGGAGGUUAUGUUGAGUGGGCUUUCUAUUUGGGCUGCUUGGGCCUUUUGA